AUGGAGCUGCAGGCAUUGCUAGUGCUGUGUGGGGUGGGAGUGGCUGGCCUGGCCAUGUUGCUGCUCAUGGGGUUGUUCUCUGCUUCUGGAACUAGUUACGAAGAAGCUAUAGCCCAGCAGCGAAGAGCUACUACCGAACUCCUUGCCUUGGCUGAAAGUAAAAAUAAACCCAAAAAGAAAGAAAGGAAGGCAAACAAGAGGUUAGCAAAGAAAGAGAAAACCAAGGACAGUACAUCAGCAAUGACUGGAAGUGAAUUGGAGAGUGAGGCACCUGCUGAAAGUGGUGUUGAAGAUGACUCUGUGCCAGCUGCUAAAGGACAUGUUGAGUUUAGCCCCUCAAUAAUUGUCGAUGUACCUAGGGACAAUCCACCUAAUGUUAAGAUUCGCAAACGUGGCAAGGAUCCUAAAGUUAAGCCGAUAUUGAUAAACAAAGAGGAUCCAAGUUGCGUUAGCGAUCCGGCUGCGGUGCCAGAGACCACAGCUACCAUUGCCGCCAACCACUUUGAGGAAAUGCACCCCAAAGACGAGUUUGAAUUGUUGCAUUCAACACUCAUGGCGGAAAAAGUGCCAGAAAAAAAUGAAGAAGUUGUAGAGAAGAAAGAGAAAGUGGCUAAGCCGGCUAAGAGCAGUAAGCCAGCUGCAAAACCUAGUGCACCUGCCGUUGAAGUUACUAAAGAGGAGGUGACUCGCGAACGACACAAUAGCGGUGAUGUUCCUAAGGAACAGCGCAAAGGUAAGAAGACUGAAAAGAAGUUAGCUGUUGAAGAGGCCGUGGAAGUAUUGCGCGAGGAAGUGGUGCCGCCACUGAAUGCCCCUCAGCCGAGCGAGCUGACUACAGAAAAGCUGUUAAAGCAAGCGCUGGCCGCCGCGCCGGCUCCGCCACAACCAGUCAUUGCGCCCUCACCGCCCGGUGGCAAAAACAAGAAAAAGAAAACGGAACCUAACGUUCUCUCACUUAUGGCGGGGGAUAGCAGUGGCGUGAACGUGGCAGAGCUAGUGCGGGUUGUUCGCGAGGCAGCACUCAGCCGUACCGAGAUACAGAUCCUCACUGAUGCGCUUCUCAACAAGCACCAUGAUCCAUUGCCAGAGCAUUCCGAAUGGUCUGAGGGUCCCAACGAUCCCAUGCAAAAGUUGAAGAAGCAGCUCGCUGAUAAGGAGAAAGCCCUGGCUGAUGAAGUAGAAGCAUCCCAAGCUCUUCACGCCAAGCUAAAAGAGCUCAGGGCGCAACUAAACGCAGAGCGAACGCGCGCGGGCAACGCAGCCAACGCGGCGCGCGCCAGCGAGCAAGCCGUCAGCGCGUCGCGCGCCGAGCUCAACACGCUGCAGGCGCGUCUGCAGAGGCUCGCCGACGAGAACAAGCAGCUCGCUCAGGACAAACUACUGUUGCAAUCGAAAUUGGGUGCCGAUGGGGAGACGCAGGCACAGAUGGAAAUUCACAUUCAAAGAUUGUCCGAGUCGGAGGGCGCGCUACUGGCGCAGCUGGCGGCGCUGCAGGCCGAGCUGGCGGCGCACGCGCUGGAGGCGGGGCAGCUGCGCAUGGAGGCGGGCGCGGCGCGCGACAGCGCGUGCAUGGCGCAGCAGCACGCCGCCGAGCUGGCGCAGCAGCUGGCCGACCUGGCGCACGCCGAGCAGCGCGUCGCCGCAGACCUGCGCCAGGCCCACGAACACCUCGCAGCCACGGCUGAACUUCAAAAUGAAGUCCAGAGAUUAGCCAACCGCGCUCAAACUGCUGAAAGUAACCUAGAGAAGCUGCAAGAAGAGUCUGAGCAGCACAAACAACAGUUAGCGAGUGAGCUGACUCUACUGAGAGAACAGUUGGCCGCUCGUGACACUGAAUUGGCAGAACUCAAACAGUUGAAAGUGGUACCUGCUCAAAAUGGACUCCCUGCCAAUGAUGAACUUAAGUCCGCGGAGCUGGCCAAGGUGGAGAGCGUGGUGGAGGCGCUGCGGACCGAGCUGGGCGCCGCGCACGAGGGCGCACGCGACCUGCGCGACCACGUGGCGCGCCUGCAGGACCAGCUCACGCGCUACCAGGACAAGAACAAUGAGUUGCGAACUAAAAACUGGAAGGUAAUGGAGGCGUUACAAUCAGCCGAAAAGGCCCUUCAGACGAAAACGGCAAGAGCGUUGCCGGCCCAAGAGUCCCAAGACUCUUUGCGCGAGGCGAUAGCAAAGGCACAAGAAGCUCAAUACAACGAAGUAGCGCAAAUCUUGCGGGUUGCGUUCCCAACCGCCGCACCGAACACGUCCGCAGAUAGCAAAUGGUUCCAGAACUUCGCAGAUAAACUCAAGGAGGAAUUAGCCAAGGCACAAACUGCGAAGCUUGCACCCGCUCCCUUAACUGCCCCUGCACCUAAGCCUGUCGACGUCUCUGAAACUGAUGAACGCCUUAGAGAUUUGCAGCUUCAGAAUGAACAGUCACAGAGUCUUGUCGAAAAGUACAAGAAGAUUAUCUUUGAUACAGAAGGAGUACUGAGCCGCCUACAACAAAACGUAACGUUAGAGGAACAGAAGUGGGCACAACAGCUGGCUGACAAACAACGUGAGUUGGAUGAGCUGAGGCAGCACACAGUUAUGCAGAUGCAAAGUAAAAUAGACGCACUACAAGCUGAACUACAUCAAGCAAAAGCAUCUAAUCACAACCACACUUUUGCCGACACAGAACGAAUGGCUGAGGAAAGACUUAUGGGAGCUAGUAUCUCCGACAAACACAAUGUAGAUGUGUGCAAUGGCCCUCUACAGAUGGGAUUUGAAGAGAAAUAA